AUGUUUCGCUCGAAAAGAGCUUAUAAUUGGUUCAUUUCCCUCGUUGCAGCAGCAUGCAUGGUGCUUUACGGCUACGAUGCGUCCGUCUAUAACUCCGUCCAAGGCUCGGACAACUGGGUCGCCUACUUCAAUGACCCGGACGAGAGCAUGAUCGGUGGGAUCAACACGGCUUACACCGUGGGUGCAAUCUUUGGCGGUUUCUUCCUGGGUGGUCCCAUCGCCGACUUCCUGGGCCGCAAGAUUGGAAUGGCCAUCGGCUGUGUUCUUGUGGUUGCAGCGACAUUCAUGCAGUGUUGGGCACCUCGUGGGGAUAUUGCAUGCUUCCUUGCCGGAAGAUGCAUCAUCGGUAUUGGUCAGGGCAUCGCGUUGACCGCGGGCCCCAUCUACAUCGGAGAGCUCGCACCCCCGGAGAUCCGCGGAAAGAUCAUGACCUUCUGGCAGAUGUUUUACUCCGUAGGCUCCUUUAUCUGCUUCUGGGUGAACUAUGGAUGCACAAAGCACACAAAGCACCUUGGAGAGUGGGACUGGAAAUUGGUUAUCAUCUUCCAGCUCCUUGUCCCUAUAAUCAUUCUCGCCAUCUUGCCAACUAUUCCCGGCUCCCCAAGAUGGUACAUCCAACACGGCAACAACAUUGAAAAGGCGCGUGCAGCUUUGCUCCGCGUCCGAGAGUCCGAAGAAGAGGUUGAAGACGAGCUACUCCGAAUUCGCGAGGCUAUCGAGUACGAGAGAGAGGCCAUCUCCAGCAGCUACUCCGCUCUCUGGAAAGACAAGUCCCUCCGCAAGCGCAUGGCCCUGGCCCUGGUAAUCAACGCCGGCCAGCAAGUGAGCGGGCAAGGCACAUUGAACACAUACUCCACCAAGAUCUACGAGAAGGUGUUCACCAGCGCCAGCCAGAUUGCCCUCAUCAACGCCCUCAACGCCACUUUCGGUAUCAUCUUCACCCUGAACGCCGUCUGGUUCAUCGACCGAUUCGGCCGCAAAUUCCUCCUCAUCGUCGGUGGUAUCGGCAUGGGCGUCUGCAUGAUCAUCAUCUCGGCCGUCGAGACCGAAACGCCAUCACCAAACGGGGCAAAAACCACACCCGUCGGCAUAUCCAUCGUAUUCUUAUUCUUCCUCUUUAUCUUCUUCUACAAACCAUCCUGGGGUGCCACCGUCUGGAUCUGGACCUCGGAGGUCUUCUCGAUGAACGUCCGCGCCCAAGCCGUGGGUAUGGCCUCGCAGACCCAGAACGUCGCCAACGCCAUCGUCCAGCAGUUCUUCCCCACCUUCCUCAACAACUGCGGCUUCUACGCCUUCUACAUGUUCGCCGGCAUCAACUUCCUCCUCGCCCUGUUCACCUACUUCUUCAUUCCGGAGACGAAGAAGGUCCCGCUCGAGGAGAUCGAUGCGCUCUUUGGCGGUGCCAACCACGUCACCCGGGGUGAGGACCUCUUCGCUUCCGAGAAGCAGAUGCGGGUCACGCACCAGGAUGCCGACGUGGAGAAGCCCAAUUCUGUGACGGUUGAGAAUGCAGGGCGCUAA